CUUACUGUUACUGACACCAACAUCCACGUCGCCUGUCGUACCUUGUACCUAAGAUACCCCUCACGUUUUAUCCAACCGACUUAAUACUUAUGUCAACGGUGAAGAAAGAAAAGGGUCUCUCCGGAUCGGAAGGGGUGGCGAGAGAUUACAAAUAUACCCAAGAGAUAUCACAAAUGAUGUUUGUCUUUGGCGAAGUGCAAGAUCCCAAUCACGAGACUGUCAAUUUAGUCGAAGACAUCGUUCGUAGUCAACUUAUCGAACUUAUCGUUCAAGCCAGAGCACUGGCAAUUCGACGCGGUGCUCGUUAUCUCUCUGCAGAAGACCUGAUAUUUCUUAUCCGACAUGACCGAGGAAAAGUUAACAGGCUUCGGACGUAUCUAUCGUGGAAAGAUGUGAGGAAACAUGCUAAGGAUUCUGGUGGAGAUGGUGGAGGUGGAGUAGAAGAUGCUUUAGAGGAUGGUGAAGAUAAAUUGGAGGCAAAGGCACAAAAGAUUACUAUCAAACUUCCUUGGGAAAUCACUACUAUCUAUUCAGAAGUUUUGAAACAGAGUGGACAUCAAUCGGACGAUGAGGAGGAUGAGGAUGAUAUCGAAGCACACGAAGCCUCUCUACAACGGUUAAAGGAAGCCGACGAUGCUACUCGACAAAUGACACGUGAAGAAUAUCAGCAUUAUUCAGAUUGUCGUCAGGCAUCGUUCACGUACCGUAAAGCUAAACGUUUCCGAGAAUUCCUAAACCUCCCUUCCCACCUCGACCUUCGGGCGAACGAUGACACAGUUGACAUCGUCGGUUUCCUUGCCUUUGAGAUGGUUCGCUCCCUAACGCUCGCAGGAUUAGAAGUGAAAAAAUCAUUAGAAGAGUCAUUCUUGCGGGAAGAUUAUACUUCACCUAUCAUGGGUAAACGAAAAGUGAAUAGCACGCUAGGAGGUUCGGAGAAACGAAGGAGAGAAGAGUCCCCUGAUAGAGAAGAUUAUGCGUUACCUGUUAAUUCGCUGUUUCUCCCUCCACCGGAAGCUAGGACGGCACUGAGGCCGGAACAUAUUCAAGAUGCCUUUUCGAGGAUGCAAGGCGAUUGGGCGCAUAGGAGAUCUGCGGGAAUGCAUAAUUGGAGAGGGGGGUUGGUUCGGACUAGGGUCACGCUUAUCUAGCUAAUUGUCCGGAUGAUUUUGUAUGUGUAGGACUAUACAUGAUAAUGAUACAGAGCCGUUUAUUCACCCUUUUCAUCGUUUCCCGUCAAGUUAGAACAGUAACGAAGCAGCAACUUCUACGUUUCCACCAG